GAAUACGAUGGCGAAUCAGAUCUCUCACCAACAGACAUAUCUCUAACCAAAGAAGAAGUGCAACGCCGAACCCCGGCCUCAGACGCAGAAUUCGAGAAAGCAUGUCAAGAAGCACUCUGUGUAACCAUCGAUGGUGCACUACGACGUCUCGCACCGAGCUAUAUCGAUCGAUUGCUCGAGUUGAUUAUCACUACUAUCGUUGCGGAGGGAAUGGUAUUAGAUUCUGUCUCUCUGUCCACCCUCCUCGCCUCCAUCGGCGAAGACGAGGAGAACCCGACCGCAAUCGAAACGGUCCUCACCCAUUUCUCCUCCUCCACAGAACCCCACGCACUCUCCCCAGCCCUAGUCUGCACCUACCUCGGCACCCGCCUCCUCGCCUCCCGCGCCAACUUUCCUACCGACAAGAAAUGGACCCUAAUCUCCUUCAUCUCCGCCUGGCGCUCCGCCGUCCCACACGAAUUUGCUGCGGAGUGUAAGAUGGAACUUUUGAAGGGCGAAUAUAUCAGUGUGACGAAUACCGUGAUUGAGUGGUUUCCUGUGGGGAGGUUACCGACGGAGCCGGCGGCAAGGUUUAUGGAGUUGUUUUUGGCGAAGCCGAAAUGGGAACUUGGUGAAAUUCAGCCGUAUAUUCAGGAUUUGGCGGCGACGUCGGCGAAGGUUGAUGCGUUGUUGCUUCAGCAUGCGAGGAAGAGAAAGGAGGGUGGGAAGACUAUCGUGACGAGUCGG